AUGUUACUUUCAGAUCUCAGAAAAUGCUCAGAACUGGAAGAUUUUGAUCCCUGUGCUGCCUACCCAUCAGAUCGUGGACAUUUCAGAGAGAGGUUAUCUGAUGAUUUGGUUGAAGUUCUGGUCAAGGCUGGCAGCUGCCAACCAAACACAAUCAUAAAUACCCAGGGUGGACGAAAGUUUAAUCCUGCACUGUACUACUACAGGCAAGUAUACAAUGUGUGUUAAUUUGUAUUUCAAUGUGCGCAUUGUUAGUGUUAAUCAUUGAUUAAAAAUUCUUUGGGAAAUUUUUAUUAUAAAUAUAUUUUGAAAGGAAUGUAUAAGUAAAAAGUUUUAUACCUUUCUGUGUAGGGAUUUGAAGUUGUUUUCAGUGAAAAGGAAUUGGUUCAGCUGCUCUGAGAAAUUGGGCAUUGUAUACUGUCACAAUUGUUGGUUGUUAGCAAAGGAUACAUCAAGGAACAAAGAUACUCCAUGGAUAGAUGGUUUUCUUCCCAACACUAAUCACCUGAAGCAGCAAAUUGAAACACAUGAAGAAAGCAUGACGCAUAAAGAAGGUACGAAGCACUAUGCCCAGAUCAAAGCAGGCAAGGGAGUCAGCAAGCUUAAUGAAGCUGGAAUUGCAAAAGCCAAGAAUUUCUGGCGUGAGGUUUUACACAGAAUAAUAGUGAUCAUAUUGACUUUAGCCAGUCUGUCUCUGCCUUUACGGGGACACAGGGAAUUUGUCGAAAACGGAAAUUGGUUUGGUUAACAUGCAGUUGAAAGUAGGUGAUGGUUAUCCUUACUUUCGAGAGCUUGUUGAGUCUAAAUCUCACAAAUGUAGAUAUUUAUCUCCGAGUAUCCAAAACGAAAUAAUUGAAAUUCUUAGUAAUGCCACUCGACUCAAACUCGUUGAUAAAAUAAAAACUGCCCCCUGUUAUACUCUUAUUUUUGACACUAGAAGCGAUAUCUGCCGGGUUGACCAAAUCUCAAUUGUGGUAAGAUGGGUAGACGUUGAAGCAGCAGAAGCUGUUGAGACGUUUUUGGGGUUCCUUCCUGCCAAACAAGGAGGAACUGCCAAAGCGCUAACAGACACUGUUCUCGACUAUUUGCGACAUAUAACUUUGGAUCCCAAACGAAUAAGGGGCCAGGGAUAUGACGGAGCAAGUGUAAUGAGUGGAAGCAAAGGAGGUGUCAACAUACUGAUCUCAAAUUACCUUAAAAGUGAAGGAGUAACAUCACCCACUCCGUUUGUUCACUGUACUAGCCAUAACCUAAACCUUGUUUUAAAUGAUGCUGUUGAAUGCAAUGCUGAUAGCAUCAACUUUUUUCUGAUCUUGAAGAAAUUUAUAACUUUUUUAACAAAAGCAUCAAUCGAACAGCGGAGCUUAACUGCACUACAAGUGUUGAUAACUCUGCUGAACUCAACGUGAUCAAUGAAUUCAUGGACAGUGUGGUGUCUGACAGUGACAGUGACAGUGACAAUUCUGACGAGACUAGCAUUAAUUCCGGCUCAAUCACCCCCAAAAGGAACAGGAGGAAUGGUAAAAAUAAGUUGACACUGAAGAAACUGUGUGCCACCAGAUGGUCGUCAAGAAUUAACUCUGUAAGAGCAGUAAAGAAUCGAUAUGGUGAUUUGCUCCAUAUGUUGAACAAAUUGAAAGAAAAGAAAGGAAAAGAUAAUGCCAAAGAGCGGGACGAAGCAGGAAAUUUGCACCGCAAAAUGAACAGAUUUGAAUUCGUGAUCAUGCUCAUUAUAUGGGAAAAGUUACUGACAGCAAUUCAGAUCGCCUCAGCUGACUUACAGUCAAUGAAACUGGACUUAUGUAAAGCAGCUAAAGAAUUAGAGAGGGCCCUGUGUAAAGUAAAAGGCAUGCGAGACAAGUGGAAUACGAUCAAAAUGGAAGCUGUGAAAUUUGCGUUGAAAGUCGGCGUCUCGUUUACUUUUACAUUUAAGAGAGUAGGCCGUGUUUCUCGAUUCUUUGAUGAAUUUGCGUCAGACACCAGACCACAGGACCCUGAAGAAAGAUUUACUGUCGAGAUGUUUUACCGAGUGAUCGACACUGCAACCACUCAAUUAGAAGAACGCUUCAAGAGCCAGAACUUUGUUGCCAACGCCUUCAAGUUCGUACUUCCUGGAAGUCUUGCAUCUUUAGACAUCACAGAGAUGCGCAAGUCUGUUAACGUAUUUGUUAACGAAUAUAAAGGAGACAUAUGCAAAGAUGGCGUUGAAGUAGUAGAUUACACAGCUGAUCUUAUGGGUGAAAUUGAAUCGUUUCGCUGGUGUUUCGGAAAUCAAUUGAAGCGUAUGUCAAGUGUUUCCGAGGUACUCGCCCUGUUAAAAGACGUGGACGUGAGUACCUACUCUAAGUUAUUAUCAGCUGUUGUCAUAUUUGUCACUCUCCCGGUCACAGUUGCGAACGCAGAGCGAUCAUUCUCAAAGUUCAAACUUAUAAAGAAUUAUCUGCGUUCAAGUAUUUCUCAAGAUCGUAUGGAUUCAUUGGCCAUCCUUUCUAUUGAGAACAAAGAAGCGUGGUCUUUGAAUAUGGAGAAACUAAUUGAUAAAUUCGCUGAGAAAAAAAGCAAGAAUCAGCAAAUUCAAAGUUUGAACUAUUGUGAAUUGAUCUAUCCUCAGCUUAGACUAUUCGGACAAUUGAAUUUUUGUUCAGUUUUAAAGACUGUUAGGUUGAUAGAAUGA